CGACAGUUUGGCUGCAAUGUUGAGCCACCAGCAUCACUUUUCCAGGCACCUGUGGGUGUUUGUCUGGUUUGCACUCAGCCUUCCCUUCCAUCCAUCAAGCGGGAAAUAAUAUUCGGAUCGAGCCUCAGCCCACCUCUAACAUCUUGUGCUCAAUAUGCGUCCAGUUUCACCGUCAGCCCUGCGGCCAUAUGUCUGUCCGUCUUGUCGGUCAACCCGCCUUCCCAGCCGGAGAAAGUUUGGGUCGAAACCCGCACCGAUAACGGAUAUUUACGAUGUAGUUUGUGUCGGGGGUGGCCCUGCUGGUCUGGCUCUUUUGGCAGCUCUUCGUGCGUCUCCAGCAACUUCAAAGCUCAAAGUCGCUCUUGUCGAGACCCAGGACUUGAACAAAGCUCGAUCAUGGAACCUCGACUCGCAGCAGUUCUCCAACCGAGUCAGCAGCCUUACCCCCUCGUCCGUGUCAUUUUUACAAAAGAUUGGAGCUUGGGAUCACUUGGAUGUUGCUCGCACUCAGCCUUACCAGGAAAUGCAGGUGUGGGAUGGUGAAACAGGGUCAAAGAUCUCAUUCGACUGGUCCAUGGAGACAUCGCCAUUCGAGGAUCUUCGCACCGUCGCAACAAUGACAGAAAAUUCCAACCUCGUGCGCGCACUUUUGUCCCGCAUUGCUGCGUCCGGAGGUGACAACCUCUCUAUCUUCUCCAACACCACCGUUUCCUCCAUUGAGAAUGGCGGCGCGGAUGAUGCCGACGGGCCGGAUCUGUCGGCAUGGCCGGUUCUGUCUAUUGCUCCCACGGGCUCCUCAACGGCAUCUUCGGCAGCCCCGUCCCGAAUUGCCGCAAGACUUUUGGUUGGCGCAGACGGUAUCAACAGUCCUGUUCGGCGUUAUGCUGACAUCGGCACUGAGGGUUGGGAUUAUCAUCGCCAUGGAGUUGUUGCAACGCUGUCACUCACCGAUCAAAUCCCGGCUCCUUUCCCCAUCGGCACGAGAACGGCUUAUCAGCGAUUCCUGCCUUCCCUAGGAGGACCAAUUGCCCUGCUUCCACUCCCGAACAACCACGCGACCUUGGUCUGGUCUACCACCGUUGAGAAUGCUGCUUACCUCAAGUCCUUAUCUCCCGGGGCGUUUAUCGCGAUGGUAAACGCGGCUUUCCGCCUCUCUAUGCCCGAUCUGCAGUACAUGAUGGGCAUGAAACGCCCAGCAACAUCCGUUACCAAUUUGGAGGAAGACCCUCAUGAGAGCGAACUCACCUGGCGCCUGCAGCACACGCCCGCCGUACCCCACCUCCCUCCCAUGGCCACAGGAGUUCAAGAAGGCAGCGUAGCUUCCUUCCCGCUCCGCUUCCGACACGCAUCAACAUACAUCUCGCCGCGUGUAGCGCUUGUCGGGGACGCAGCGCACGUCAUUCACCCUCUAGCGGGACAGGGCCUGAACCUCGGUCUCGGCGACGUAGCGUCUCUCUCCCGCACGAUCGAGUACGCUGUGGACCAUGGAAUGGACGUUGGCGACAUCCUCACCCUGGAACACUACACAGCGGAACGGUGGGCUACGAACGCCAAGGUUGGCGGCGCAUGUGAUGUGCUGCACAAGCUUUACAACGUUCCAGGCCAGGGGCCGGUCGCCUGGGGACGGAGUCUGGGAUUAGAGAUUAUCGAUCGGAUCCCGUUAGUCAAGGGCUUCUUGAUGCGGAAUGCCGAUUCUUAGUAUGCUUUCCACUUUGACCUCCUUCUCCGUAACUGGCUGUACCCUUUUACUUUUUGGUUUUUACAUGUACCAAUAUCUGUUGCCAACCACCCCAAUCCAAUAAUAUGUACCAUAAUGAAGGAUUACAGUGUACCGAAAGUCUUUGAAACCCAUCUGAAAG